GUAUUACUGGGAGGGAGGCUGGGGACUAGCGUCACGUGGUUUUAGGGACUGUCUCCUAAUUCCACUCCAGCACUACGGUGUUUCAGGGCCUUCUGCACCCGUGCCUGGCCCUGGCCCCACUGACCCUCAAGAGCCUAUGAGGACACAGGCUGAAAGCCGUGUCCUUCAUAGGAAGUCAACCUUUCGGAUCUUUAGUCACUGGUUAAAAAAAAAACCUCAGAAACCCUCUUCUUAACCACCUGGAAUUGUUGUAAAAAAUUUUUUUAGUUUUUAUUUUACCAUGUAGCCCUGGCCAGGCCUGGAACUCCCUAUCCCUAUGUCGACAGUCUGGCCUUGAACUCAUGUAAUGCUGCCUGUUUCUGCCUCCUAAAUUUUGGGAUUAAAAGCAUUUGCUACCAUGCCUGACUUUUGAAGAUUUUAGACAAAUUUUAUUGGUAUCUACGUGUAUGUGUGGGUCUGUAUAUGAGUGUAUACCACAACCACACGUGUGUGGAUGCCUGUGGAGGUUAGAAGUGUCAGAUCCCCUGAAGGUGGAGUUACAGGUGACUGAGCCACCUCUGCAGGAGCUGGGAAUCAUGAGUCCUCUGGAAGAGGUGUAAGCGCUGUUAGCCACUGAACGACCUCUUCAGCACCACCUAUUUUGUCUUGCUGACGUGGGCACUGGGAUUUGGAGAGGAGGUGGCUGACAUCUACAAGGUGACACAAGUAAGAUUUGUCUCCAGGGGCCACACCAUUGCCCCUCUGAUAUCCCAGAGUGCUUUUUCCCCUGCAGGGGAAGGCUUCACCUCAUAAUAACUAACUCCCCAAACUCUCUCCUUUUUAUUCUGCUCAUUUCCCUGGAGUUUUGUUUGCCAGACCUUGACUUCUCAUUAAAUUGUUCAUUCAUUUGACUUCUGGCCCCCAGGAAGAUCCAGUUAGCCCUCAGAGUAUAUCAAAGAUAAAGGUGGCGCUGCAGAGGAGGGACUGAGGGUCUGGGCUCCCACCUCUCUAGAGCAUUCACCAUCGACUCACACUGCCCCCGUUACAGAAUCAGAGCAUGGGAUCUGAAAACACCUAGCCAGGAUUCACCUAACAGUUGUGAGUCAGGAGCAUGACCAUCCUCUCUAUUUCCCCUCUGUAAAAUAGGACCUGAUGCUAGUUCAGGAGCUUAAGAAAGCAAAUCCGAGUCGACCGAAUGCAUGAUGACUGCUAUAAUUAGUCCUUGUGUUUAAGGUAGUGAAUGCUGGCAUGCCUCCCAUUUACACACGAACUCAGGCUCAGAGAAAUACAGCUUUGCUAUACGUCGCACACCUGAGAAGAUACCAUCCUGAUUGAAACCCUGGCCUGGUUAGUUCCCAAAACUAACUAUGCCUGGGAGAGCUUUGCAUUUACUGCUCGGAGAAAACACAACUAUCUGCAAGAUCCACGCCUAGGAGAAGGGCUUGGGUGUACAAGGCAAUUUUCAGACACUCCCUGCAGUGGCGAUAGAUCGACCUGUCCUUCGCCUCGGACUUCUGGCGGGUCCUUGCCCAGUGUAAGCGGAGUGCUAGCGGGAACGGAAGUGGUCGUGAGGCUCUAACUUGCAGUGACUCGGACCGUCCUGGGGAAGUCAUGUCCGAACAGCCGCGGCAGGGCGCCGAGUGCGACCUCUACCGGGACACAUGGGUGCGCUACCUGGGCUAUGCUAAUGAAGUGGGGGAGGCUUUCCGCUCCUUGGUGCCUACAGCUGUGGUGUGGCUGAGCUAUGGCGUGUCGAGCUCCUACGUGCUGGCUGAUGCCAUAGACAAAGGCAAGAAGGCAGGAGAGGAGCCAAGCCCUGAAGAAGGCCGCAGCACCAGAGUGGCCCUGGCUGUGGUAGACACCUUCGUGUGGCAGUCUCUGGCCUCCGUAGCCAUCCCAGGCUUCACUAUUAACCGUCUGUGUGCUGCCUCCCUCUAUGGCCUGCGUACUAUGACCCGCUGGCCCCUGACUGUCCGCAAAUGGACCACCACCACACUUGGGCUGCUGGCCAUCCCCGUCAUCGUCCACCCCAUUGACAGGUCAGUAGACUUCCUCCUGGAUUCCAGCCUUCGUAAACUGUACCCAUCAGUGGGGAAGCCCAGCUCCUCCUGACCCUGUCCUGUGCCCUGCCCAUGGCCGGCCUGCUCAUAUCAGAGAAUGUAGAUGUUUGGCUGUUUGGGAUCCGUGACACUGGCAUCUGAGUGGGUUCAAACUGAUGGACGCUUAGUGACAAAGGCCUUGAGGAGUGGUGGUUGCAGGGAGUCCCAGAAGUGGGACUCAACCCUGUCUGCAUUAAUGGCAGUGGUUGUGCUGAGUGGGAGUGGACGCUGGCUAGCCAUGUUUUUUGAAAAAAAUUUUAAGUAUUUUAUUUUA